AAUUGUAUUCUAAUACCCAAAGAAAUACACUUUGAGUGAACCCAGAUUAUCUUGAUUUAGUGACUCCAGAGGGUUUUGGAAGUCAUAUACAAUAUUCCAUAUAUUCCACAAGCAUCCUGGUAAGUUCUUCUGUAACUAUAUUACCAAGCUUAGUAUUUUUUAAAAAGUAUUUCUCUUUAAAAAAUUUUAUUUAUUCAUUUGGCUGCAGCAGGUCUUAGUCACAGCAUGCAGGAUCUUGUUUAGUUGUGACAUGUGAGAGCUAGUUCCCUGACCAGGGAUCGAAGCCAGGCCUCCUGCAUUGAGAGCAUAGAGUCUUAGCCACUGGACCACUGGACCACUUUAGGAAGUCCCCAAAAAAUAUUUCUAAAAGGGCCUCCUGGACUUCUAAAGUGUCCUUCUAAAAGGAUCCCAGUCUUGUGUUUCCUCCUAGGAGGAUUCCCUAUCUCCCUACCACCUAUUAUACAAGCUUGUGUGUCCAGGACUCCGAGGUCCCCUCUUACCUCCCUUAUUCUCACCUAUACAUGGCUCAGUUCAUUGCCCUUUUAAUAGCCCUACUUCACUCUGCCCCAACUCUGAAACCUUCUGGGCCCGGUUGGAAGUCUCUAUUCAUCCAUCAUCUGCUGAAACAUGAGUCUCCUCUUUGCGCAGCGCCUCUUAAGACCCUUGCAGGGAGUGGCUGCUUUCUCUCCUACUUUUCUUCACUCGUUGCUUCUAGAUUGUUCUCCCUCCCUUUUAUCUAAAACAGUUCUGACUCUUGGAACAUCAGACUGUCAUUAUCACUCCUGCUUCUUUGUUGCAGUCAUCUUAUGAAUGGUUCACUUGUCUGCAAAGAUUUCUACUCUUGCAGUACUGCGUCUAAAACCACCCCAUCAUACUCCCAGUCCCAUUAUCCGUGUAGACAACCUUCCCGUGUCCUGACCUCACAGCUUUUCGACCUCUCUGCUAGUGGUUUUGCCUCCCACCCAGCCUGCAACAGACACUGCCAUUGUCAUCCCUAGGACCAUUCCAUUACCAGCGACUAGGACCUGCCCACCAUCUGUUUCAAGUAUCUUUUCCUAAGCUAGUUGGCUGUUUAGUACCAAGAUUCCAACAAUCCCUUGCCUGAAGCUUCCCUCCGGGUUGCUCCCAGGAGAUGACUUUGCUGCUUGUUUCCUGAGUGAAUAGGGGCCACCAGCAGAGGCUUCCAUCGUAGGUCUCCACCUCCUCUACCCACUUUUGGUAACAUCCGUGCCUUCCCACUGUUGCCUUUAUACAAAUUGACUGGGUUGGUGCCAGAGCCUGUUCCAUGUCCACUGCCUCAGGACAUUGUUCCUGCGUUUCCCUUAUCUGUUGUAUCAUCAGGUUUUCUAUAUAUACUGGGUUAUCCCCAUCCACGCGCAAACAUACUUUAAAAAUGGAAAAGAAAACCGUCUAGCUCCUGUAUCAUUCUCUGCUUUGUUACAGAAAGCCGAAUUUCUCAAAGGUGGUCUCUUGCUGUCUUCAUUUCCCUUCCAUUCUUUCUUCUGCUCAGCCAUUCAGUUGUGUCUGUCUCUUUGUGAACGCAUGGACUGUUGCCCACCAGGCUCCUCUGUCCAUGGAAUUUCCCAGGCAAGAGUACUAGAGUAGGUUGUCAUUUCCUCUUCCAGGGGAUCUUCCCGACCCAGGGAUUGAACUGACAUCUCCUGGGUCACCUGCAUUGGCAGGCAGAUUCUUUACCACUGAGGCCCUGGGGAAGCCGUUCUUUCUUGAACCCACUCCAAAACCUACCUUGCUGCCAGAUGUCUUCCACAUUGCUAAAUCCAGUGGUCAGUUCUGUUUUCUUCCUUGACUUUAGCAGCAGCAUCUCAAAUUCUCAGGUGAUGGGUCAUUUCCUUCCUGAAAUACAUUCACCUGGCUUUUGGGGCUCAACCCCUGCCCCUCUGGCCUGCAUUUCAGGUCCCCUUUGCUGUUUCCUCCCCACUUUCCGUCUGCUCACGCUACCUUGACCUCAUCCAGUCUUGAGGCUCUAUAAAUACCACAGGUAUGCUGUUGAAUCUCCAUUUACGUCUGCAGUUUGGUGAGUUUUUAAAAAAAUGUCCAUAUCCUUGUAACCACCACUACAGUAAAACUAGAGAAUUUUUUCCCCUCUCCAAAAAGUUCCCCAUGUCUCUUCACAGUUAAUCCCCACCACAACCCUAAGACCUGAGCAGUCACAUGUCUGUUUUGUGAAUACACAUUAGAAUUGUCUCUUAGAGUUUUAUACAGAUAGAAUUGUACAGUGUUCUGCUCGUAUCCUACAUUUUGUAUCCAGAUACUUGUGCUCAGCAUGAUUCUGAAGGCUCCUCCACGUUGUACUGUGUGUCAGUAGCUUACUUUGCGUUGCAUGGAUGAGCCACAGGCAGUCAUCCUGUUCACCUGUAGAUGGACGUUACCUUGAGCCCAGCUCUGGGCUAGUGUAAAUACAGCUGCUAUGGAUGUUCCUUUUCAGUGCUUUUUGUGUGUGCAGGUUUUCAUUUAUCUUGGGUAAAAACCUAGCAGUGGAAUAGCUGAGUUGUAUGGUAAGUAUAUGUUUAACUUCAUAAGCUACUUCUAUGGGCCUUUUCAUCUGAUGUCUUUAUUCUGUUUUACAUUCUGGGAAAUUUGUCUCUUUUUUUAAGAUUUCAUCUAUAUAUUUAAAAUUUUUCUCUUUUUAAGACACCUAUUAUUAAUACUUAGAUGUUAGCAUGUCUGUGUCUGUUGUCAGUAUGUCUUACCUUUGCUUUCAUGUUCUCUAAUUCCUUUUUCUUUCUUUCCUCUGGACAUUUCCUGUUUCCUAUGCCAGUUUGCUAAUUUGUUUCUCAGCUGUCUAUUUGCUACUUAUUUCCUCUAAUGUAUCUUCAUUUCAAUAACUGUUUUACAUAUCUAAUAUUUCUUCUUGGUUCUCUUUUAUAUGUUAUUAGUUUCAUUCCCUACUGCUAAUGUCAUGCCUUAUCUCUCUAAAUGUAUGUGACUACUUUAAAAUUUUGGUCCAUCUUUUCUAAUAUAUGUGCCUCUGAUAGAAUCCGUAAUCCGGUGUGCUGUUUUUCUUCUGGAAAUAAGUAUGCUUAGAAAAUUGCUUAUUUCCUUGGCCAGUGACCACAUUUAUUUCUCUUGUUUUCAUCAGCUACUUGUUUUUAUGCACACAUGGGAUGGGAUCAGAUCCUGGUCCCUGUGAACCCCAGUGAGUUCAGGGUUGGGAGGACGGAUCCUAGGAUGGGGAGGUGAAGGCACCAGAAAGCUAGUCAGUGACUUCUUACCUCCCAAGGUAACUGAGUCAGUGGCUUCUUACCUCCCAAGGUAACUCUGAAUCAGUGACUUCUCACCUCCCAAGGUAACUCUGAGUCAGUGACUCCUUACCUCCCAAGGUAACUCUGAGUCAGUGACUCGUUACCUCCCAAGGUAACUGAGUCAGUGGCUUCUUACCUCCCAAGGUAACUGUGAAUCAGUGACUUCUCACCUCCCAAGGUAACUGUGAAUCAGUGACUUCUCACCUCCCAAGGUAACUGAGUCAGUGACUUCUCACCUCCCAAGGUAACUCUGAGUCAGUGACUCCUUACUUCCCAAGGUAACUCUGAGUCAGUGACUCCUUACCUCCCAAGGUAACUCUGAGUCAGUGACUCGUUACCUCCCAAGGUAACUGAGUCAGUGGCUUCUUACCUCCCAAGGUAACUGUGAAUCAGUGACUUCUCACCUCCCAAGGUAACUGUGAAUCAGUGACUUCUCACCUCCCAAGGUAACUGAGUCAGUGACUUCUCACCUCCCAAGGUAACUCUGAGUCAGUGACUCCUUACUUCCCAAGGUAACUCUGAGUCAGUGACUCCUUACCUCCCAAGGUAACUGAGUCAGUGACUUCUCACCUCCCAAGGUAACUGUGAAUCAGUGACUUCUCACCUCCCAAGGUAACUCUGAAGUGUGAUCCACCAGCCCAGGGCUUUGUAGAGUCAGGGUGGAAAAACCUGUGCCUGGUGUCAUGGAGUCUCUGCCUGUUUCUCAGCUACUCCCAAGCACAGGUUACUGCCCAGCCUUGACUCCACCCCUCAGCGACCUGGACCAGGGCCGUUCAUGGCCGUGUUGAUGCUGGACCAUCCAACCAGCACGCCUUCCUCACUUCCCACUUCACCGCCCUCUCUUCACUUGCUUCAUUGCAUGCAUCACUACUUGGCAUCAGCUCAUACAUUUUCUCCUUUCUUACUGUCCACUCUGUCUCCCAAUGCCACACACCAGGCUCUGUGCUCCAGGGAGUGGGGACCUCAUUGGUCCUGGUCUGCCAUGUCUGUGGUGCCCAGCAUGGCACUGUGGCUCCAGAAGUGCUUGGGACACCCGCAGGUUGUCAGUUGUGCUUCUCGACCUCCUCAUCUGGAUCUCCUGACCGCGGAGAUGUGGGGGGACUUGAGGGGGUGCGGCACAGGGAGGAGGGCUCUGCAGUCUCAGCAGAUGGUCAUGAAGCCCUGUAUGUGGGAGAAGGACUGGUCAGAAGGCUCAGCCAUAUGAUGGGGUCUGGGGGUGGAUAUCAAGGAGACAGUUACAGGAAUUGGUCAGAAUCAGCAUUAUCCUUUUAAAUGUGCGGGAACUGAAGGACACUUUGAAGACAAUGGCCAUUAUCAAAAUGUGUAAUUUCUUAAUUUGAAGAAUAAGUGUUUAAAUGCCAAAAAAAAAAAAAAAAGCAAUUAACUCAGAAGCAACAAGGCAGCCUUGCCUUGUGGACAGAGGAGAGAAGGGCCCGGGAAAGUGGGUAGUGCUGGGCGCUCCCAGCAACACAGUCUUCAGUCACGAGAGCCAGAGCUCACGCCAGCCUCCCCUGCAGAAGCUGUUCUUUCUGCCUGGACAGUGCCCUCCGUUGUGUGACAUCACAAAGACGAAACCCCUCGGCAGGUGGAGCAAGUGUGGCGCUUAUGGGCAGCACCCUGCUCAAGGAAACUGAAGCUCAGAGAGGUUAAGUAACUUGAAGCUCAACCAUCCAGGAAGCCAGAGGUAAGCAUUAGAAUGGGCCUACAGAGCCCUGCUGUCUCCUCCAUCUGCUUCUUGUGAGGUGUCACAUUGAAUUAUAGUUGAUUCCCUUCUGUCUCCUCAAGAGUGGGCCCUGAGGGUCUUACUCACUCCCAGCACACCCUCUCAUUCUGUUAGUCUCCCCAUUGGCUGACUUGGUUCCAUCAAAGAAUUCCAUGUAGCAACCUGAGCUGACCUCACACUGGUGGCUCCCAGUCAGAACUGAGACAUUCUGUAGGGAGAAGAGCUACUUAGUUUCUCAGAGAAAUACAGGGCAGAUGGUGGACAUAGCUAAAUACUUCCUUUCACCCACACGAUAACAAACUAGCAGUUUUGGAAUGAUGGACAAGGGUCAAAGUUCUUUUGCUGUUUUAUUUUUGUUUUUAAUGGAAUACCCACUUCAUCUGUGUGUGCCUUAUGCAGGUGAGUUCAAACCAGUCAGACAAACAACAGGGGUGAUUACACCUCUCUGCUGUAGGUUUUCUUUUCCAGAUUAUUUUCCCUUAGAAAGACAGCCAAAUGUCACCAAACAACCCAUACAGUUCGGUAAGCAAUUUCGUUUGGUCCAUGGAGCUAUCCCAAGACCCAGAGCUCCAAGUACCACGCCCAUGCAGCCCCCAGCGAGCACUGAUGAUGAGAAGAGUGAGCCUGCAAGGACCACCCUUGGUUUUAUAGGAUAUUCAAUGGGCCUAAACACCAACCCCUGGAAUGCAGCAUGGAUUCCUCAUAGACCUGCUCUUGUUAAAGUAAUUACAGUUGCAUGUAUAGCCCUCACUAUUGCCCUGAUAUUUGGGACCAUUAUUUCCUACGUGAUAUAUCGACUGGUAGAGGCUGAGGAAAAACAACAACUUGCAUCACUUUAUAAAAAUAUCAAGAUCCCAUCGUUAGGAGAUGAAGAGGAAUUCUUUGAGGAUGAGAGCCAGGACGAGUCCACGUACCUGCUUCCAGAGAAUGAGAAGGAACUGGAAAAUUUCAUUCAUUCAGUUAUUAGAUCGAAAAGAAGAAAACAUUUUGAAAAGAAGAGAUGGACUGCAGCACAGAACUUGGUAAAGGAAGUGGAAGUAAAGGAUCCUGCACAACCUGCCAAAGCGGGGCGUCUGUGAAAGCAGGUGACCGAGACGCAGGACUGGCAGCCAGUGCGGAGCGACAACUGCGGGAGGACGUAGGCUGAGAGCGCGGGCCUGACCUUCUUCUGGAGGACCUUGUACAGGAGCACCCUGAAUGAUGACGACUAGACGUGAAAGCAGAAAAUAAAUUCACGUGAUGUGGCAGUUCCUGCUUCCUAGCUCUCACAGUUUUAUGAAUAAAU